AAUUUUGUAUUGGCAACACUACAGUAAGUGCCAUCAGUGCCAUCAAUCAAAACUGAAUGCAUUGCUCUUUUUUCCUCCACGAAUGUUAUUUUUACAAAUAAACAAUAAUAUAAUGAAAUUUGCAUAAAGUAUUUAACGAGAUUUGUAGAGUACAAGUGAAACACCUUGUAAAAUACGUGCGUGCAUCAAAAUGUUUUUCAAAUAUUUGUUGAGUAUACUUUUGGCUCACAACUUGUUGUUGUCGUGUGCGUCGGCGGCGGUGCACGGGCAGCACGGGCACAGCGUGGACACGCUGGAGCGGGACUCAGAUGGCAGCUUCCGCGCGCGGGACUACGAGCACUACGGCGACUCCGGCCACAACUCGGAGUUCGACCACGAGGCUAUCUUAGGGAGCGUGCGCGAGGCUGAGGAGUUCGACAAGCUCAGCCCCGAUGAGUCCAAGCGGCGCCUGGGGCAGCUGCUGCCCAAGAUGGACCUCAACGGGGACGGCCAAAUUGACCGGCAGGAACUCAAGCAGUGGAUACUCAAGUCUUUCAUUAACCUGUCCCGCGAGGAGGCUCAGGAGCGGCUGCUGGAGGCGGACGACGACCGCGACGGAGCCGUCACCUGGAGCGAGUACCUCCACGACUCGUUCGGCGUCGACUCCGAGGACGAUGUCGGCCCUGAUGACACUGGCGACUCCGGCAUGUUAUUACAAGAGGAGAAGUCCAUGUGGGCGACUGCAGAUGCGAACAGCGACGGGAAACUGGAGGUGGAUGAGUUUGAGGUGUUCACAAACCCGGAGGAGCACGAGCAGAUGCACCAGUACCUCAUCAACCAGACGCUGCGGGAGAAGGACACCAACAAGGACGGCAAGAUCGACUUCAACGAGUACGUCGGCGAUAGAGGCGCUCAACAAGACAAAGGCUGGCUGAUAUCGGAGAAGGACAAGUUUGACAACGACCUGGACUUGAACAAAGAUGGAGUCAUCGACGUCACCGAGAUCCACGCCUGGAUCAUACCCAAUAACGAAGAGAUAGCUGAAGAGGAGGUGGACCACCUGUUCGCGUCAGCUGACGACGACCACGACGACAUCCUGACGUUCGAGGAGAUCCUCAACCACCACGACGUGUUCGUCGGGAGCGAGGCCACCGACUACGGCAGCGACCUCAUGGGAGACCACUUCGACGACGAGCUCUGAGCCCGUGACCCUCAGGCCACCAGGUCCCACCACAUAGGGCAAUGUACUUUAUACAUAUCGUAUAGCAAGCGGCAAUUCACUUGCCCCUGACUUGAUACCGACAGGACAUCAGUUUUUGAGGCACUUAACAGUAUUGCUGUGUCUGUUGUGACUGCUUUGAGGUAGCUAGCAAUAGACAGAUAUUUGAAUAAAUUAAAGUGGCAUGAAUCGAAGGGUUCAAGUUCCUAAUGAUAUUGAAGUUAAUUUACCUCUCACAGCGUAACCAAGUUUCUUUUCUUUUCUUGCCAGUAAAUGUGUCAAGUAAUUUUUAUUGUUGGUCACCCUUAGCUUUUUAUUGCUUGGCCAUUUAAUUGAUCGUUAACAUCACGCUCAGUCAAGUUAGUUGCCGUUAGCUAUACAAGUACUUUUAAUGAGACAUGUAGUAACAUUACGUUUUUGAUGGCUCGCAUUCGCUUGUCGGGUGAAAGUUAAUACGAAUCUAAAAGUAUGCGUAGUUCAAUCAAUGAUAUUUUGUUAAGAACAUGCUCAAUUCACUUUCGAAUAUUUUUACAAUGAAAUUAAGAAUAUAGGUAAAAGUGUACCCGAGAUAAGACCGCGUGUCACUAUUAGGAGAUGAUGAUCUACAUCCAUUUAUUUUGCCAAUUUUCUUAAUUUUUUAGUAAAUCUAAAAUUUCAUGUUUAUUUAAUUAUCUCAAACACUACUGUGUACCAGCAUCCAAUGUUUUCUGCAUUUUAUGGCUAUGAAUGUAAAAAUGUAUUAAUUAUAAUUUUCCUGAAAUCAUACGUAGAGCUAAAAAUAAUUAUAAGGGACAGUAGUUAAUGUCAAUGAAAGUGUUCAAAAUUGUUCACUUAUUCAUAUUUGUUCUGGUAUUUAAUUGAUUCAAAUGUUUUUUUUUAUUUUAGACCGCGGCCUAAUUAUUUUGUUAGUUUUGGUGCUAAAAAGAUCAGUAACACGAAUGUGUGUUAAGAAUUCUCAUUUUUUUAUGUGAUGUCAAUUAUUAUGUAUUUUUGCUCGACCUGUGUAAACAUGUAUUAAAAAUAUACAUAGAUAAAUAAAAUAUACCAGUACAUUUCAUAUGUGUAGUAGUGCAGUAUAAUUAAAAGUAUUAAAAAUAACUCUACUCAUAAUAAUUUUGAGCCAUGCGCCAUCUAUAGUACUAUUUGCAUAACCUAUAUAUGAUAGUGUUGCCAUGAGACCAAAAAAAUAAAUUCAAUAUUGUACAAAGCUAUUUAAUAAUAUCGAAUGAUAUAAACUAUUUUAAAUUUCAUUUUGCGCAACCAUGCAUUAUGUCAAUACAUAGACUAGUCAUAAAUUACUAAUAUAUUUUAAGUGGAAAAGGCUGAUUGUUAGUUACGUCUAAUGUCAGGUUCUGAAAGUUUGCGAUGAUACGGACAAACUUUAAAGGCAUGCGUGCUUUUCGAUAACCUAGCAUUAUACGUAUCAGCAAUCAGUUCUUUAAAUAAUGUUCAUCAAGCAUUACAUUCAAUCGGCGAAACAGAAUCUCGGCAAGAAAUUGUAAUGUUUUAUAUACAUACUGACUAAUAAAUAAAAUGUACUUUUAUAAACUAAUCGUACGACAAAUUUAUUGUUAUACAGAAAUUGAUACACUUAAUUGUGGAAAUAGUUGUAAUUAAUGUUAGUUAAAUACUUUUAAAUGACGUAACAGAUACCUAAGUUACUGUUGGCGCUAUUUGGGGAGGCCUAUUUCCAGCAGUGGAAAUCUAUAGGUCGAGUUGAUUGAUUGGAAAAUGAAAUAGACGAAAAUAUAUACAGCAGACCAAUGAUUUCUAUGAAUGUCAUUUUUUAUUUGUUACGUGACCUUGACUGUCAGUUCCACGUUAUUGGGUGAUGGAAGUUCUUCGUAGAAAUGUUGGUAAGAGGGCUUCCCCUAUUCCCGUAAAUACAAUUAAUCUUCGUUAAAUCUGCCUGUUUACGUAUAAGUAAAUUGGGAUGAUGGCUGGGACGACGCGCGACGGUGGCUAAAGUAAAAAUAUUUUAGGUUGUCAGAAAGGUUAUUGAACAGUAUUACACGUAUUUAAAGAAAUACGUAACCAUUAUAAUAAAAAUUGGCAUCAUCCCUAUUAUAAAGAUUGAAACACGCACAGAAACUCUAAUGUCAAAUUCGUGUUUAGUCAUGUUAAGAUUGUUAUUAUAACCAUUCGUAAAGAAAUUAUAUAAAUUCAGUGUGUACAGUGAAUAGGUUCUGAGUAAUGUAUGUAACAGUAGUAAAGUGCCAUAAGUACUUACUGGACCAAGUGUCGUUAUAACUGUGUAUCAUGUUCGUCAAAUAAAUUAUUUAUUGUA